AUGGGCCUGAGUGGGACUAUCAGGAGAUUUGCAUACCUCUCACCUAAAAGAGCCUUUUCCUUGUUGUUUCCUGCCAGGGGCCCAGUGCUUGCUGUCGCCAUGGGUUGCAACAGCGAGUACUGCUACAGCGGCGGGCUGGACACGCGGAUCCGCUGCUGGAGGAUCCCGGAUCUCAGCAUGGACCCUUACGACGGUUACGACCCCAGCAUGCUUAGCAAUGUUCUGGACGGCCACACGGAUGCUGUUUGGGGCCUGGCCUUCAGCCCCUCGAAGAACCGCCUGGCCUCCUGCUCUGCCGACGGAACGGUCAGGAUAUGGGACCCCAGCAGCAGCGAUGCCCCCUGCCUCAGCACUUACAACACGGAGAGUGAGAAUGGCAUCCCUACAUCCGUCACAUUCUCCAGUACUGAUCCAGCGCACGCCGUGGCCGCUUUCCAGACAGGCUUUGCAGUCCUUUAUGACGUGGAGACCUCCGUCCCGGUCCUGACACUGGAAUCCAGACCGGCCAAUGGAGCCAGUCAGAUCAACCAAGUGGUGAGCCACCCAAACCAGCCAAUCACCAUCACGGCCCACGACGACCGGGGGAUCCGCUUCCUCGACAAUCGGACAGGGAAAGCUGUGCAUUCCAUGGUGGCGCACCUGGAUGCCGUCACCUGUCUUGCGGCGGAUCCCAACGGCGUUUUCCUUAUGUCAGGAAGCCACGACUGCUCCCUCCGGCUGUGGAACCUGGACAACAAGACCUGCACGCAGGAGAUCACCGCCCACCGGAAGAAGCACGAGGAGGCCAUCCACGACGUGGCCUUCCACCCCAGCAAGGCCCUGAUCGCCAGCGCCGGGGCCGACGCCCUCGCCAAGGUCUUCGUAUGAGGGAAGGGCGGGGCCUGCAGGUGUGUCCCCAGGACCUCCUCCUUUGUUCUGUCCCUCCCUCCCUUCCUCCCUUCCGUCUUUCUCUGGCCCAGCCAGUGGUGCUAACAACCCUCCUCCUGGCCACGGGGCGCCUCUUGCCAUCUCGACCCCUGCUCAGGACUGACCCCUGCUGGACAGUGGCGGCCGAGUCUCCGCGACCGGGGGAAAGGAGGGGGGAAAAGCAGCCGCCCGCUUCCCUGAUGACAUUGGGGCUCACCUUCACCAGCACUGAAAUAUUUUCCACUCAUUUCAAGGUCGCCUGGUUUUUAUUAUUUCCCAGCUCAGGGAGCGGAAGAAAUAUUUCUUUUCUUUUUUUGUCCUCUGGAUUGUUUGGAGGGAUGUCGAUGGAGGAGGAGGAGGAGGGAGCGGAGACUCUGUGACAUGGCAAAGGGCUUCGGGCAGCUCCCCCAAACUUUUCCAUUUUGACAUCCACAAACCUUGGAGGUUUUUUUGUUACGAGCACCCCAAAGUGAACAUUAAAGAGAGCCAUACGUACGGACUCUUUCCCGUCUCUCGAUCCCGGUGGUGUUCCUUUCGCAAAGCCAAAAUGAGGGACAGCGAAUGCAAUUGGAGCGACGGCUCCCCAUCCCGUUGGGGGGCUCUUGCGCUCAUCCGUUGUGGCUGAAGAAAGUCCAGCGUCGUUUUGACUCCUUGUGAUGGAGGAGAGACUCAAUCUUAGCGCCGCUCAGUGUCCCCUUGCUCCCCUUCUUUGUGCUCCCCGGAGUUUCUCGUUCCUUUUUCCCCCUCCCCUUGACUCCCAAGGCAUGUCCGCACCGAACAUUCCCCUUCUGCAGCAAAGGAGGAAAGAGCUUGGAGGGUGUUUGGGAUGUCGUUACCUCCCCUUUGACCCCUUUGCUUCCAGAUACGUUACCUUGGCCUCUGCCCCACGUCUGUCCUUAUUUUGAAAACAAAACAAAGGAAGGGGCUGCAACAAUAGGUCAGUGAACAGGUGAGCCAUUGAGGAGCGACAGGUGAGACCAUAACUCCCUAUUCAACGUGUCUAGGAAUCAUAAAGUUGGGAUUUUUGGGGGGAAAUAGCA